AUGGACUACUCAUUACAGAACCACAAGUCUCUGAUCGGCUCCAAGGCGUUAGACCUGCCCUCACCCUCACUGGUUCUAAGCUUGCCGGUCAUCAAAAAGAACAUUGAGAAGUUGCACCAGGACGUGGAAAAGGCCGGGGUUACCCUCAGGCCUCAUGUGAAAACGCUCAAGAGCCUCGAGGUAACGCGUCUGAUGCUUGGCAAUGGCAAGUUCAAAAAGACAGUGGCAUCCACGUUGUCGGAAAUCCGUGGCCUUUUACCACUGGCUGAAGACGGAACUCUAGAUGAGGUUCUUUACGGGCUUCCUCCUGCUUUGGGGGCCAUCCCGUUUCUGAGCGACCUACGAAAGUCGGUCAAAAUCCUCCUCAUGAUCGAUCACGAGAAGCAGAUCUCCCUCCUCGAGGACUUCGCAAAGAAGAACCCCGAGACUUCUGGGGGCGCCUGGGACAUUUACAUCAAACUCGACGUGGGCACAAAGCGAGCGGGUCUGCCCCUCGGCGGCGAACGUCUCCAGAAGCUCAUCCAGCGCGCCGACGGGUCGUCCGCAGUCUCAUUGUAUGGUUUCUACUGCCACGCCGGCCACUCAUAUGCUUCCCGCACGCAAGAAGAGGCAGAAAGCUUUCUUGCAGACGAGAUCAACGGCGUCUUGAGCGCUGCAAAGUUGAUUGUGGGGGACCGGAAGCUCACCCUGUCCGUUGGCGCCACUCCCACAGCGCAUGUUGUGGGCAGUCUCAAGACGACGAUUCCCGACAACGUGACUCUGGAGCUUCACGCCGGGAACUUCCCCACGAACGAUCUGCAACAGGUCGCGACGGGGCUCGUCGGCCCCGAGGACCAAGCCGUCCGCGUCGUCGCCGAGGUGUGCAGCGUGUACCCCGAACGCAACGAAGCCCUCAUCAACGCCGGCACCAUCGCUCUCUCAAAGGAGACCGGGCCGUUCCCCGGCUUCGGCAGCGUGGUGGGGAAGCCGGGCUGGGCGGUGGUGAGGAUGUCUCAGGAGCACGGCAUUGUGGGGGAGGUCAAUAGCCCCGGCUCGAAGAACACCGAGCCCGAGAAGAGGGACGUGGAGGAGAACUUCGAGAUCGGAGACAAAGUCUUCAUCAACAUCCAGCAUGCGUGUAUAACCGCAGCAUCCUUCUACGUAUAUUAUGUCGUGGACGACAAUGAUGUUGUCAGGGACACCUGGGUGCCGUGGAAGGGCUGGUAG